CCAAUGUGAUUUUGUGCUUCCUUUAACCUUCGCUUUGCUUGCACACACACUCUCACUUGACCUUCCAUCUUUGCUGAGAUCUUCACCAUCCUGCGGAGCUCGACCUCGCUCGUCGAAUCGGUACACCCGCAAAAUCUUCGAUGUCGAUCUUCGAGUACAACGGAAGUGCCCUAAUCGCCAUGGUGGGAAAGAAUUGCUUUGCGAUAGCCAGCGACCGCAGGCUCGGCGUGCAGCUCCAGACGAUCGCCACCGAUUUCCAGAGGAUCUACAAGGUCCACGACAAGCUCUUCCUCGGUCUCUCUGGACUCGCCACCGAUGCUCAGACUCUGUACCAGAGGCUUGUGUUUAGGCACAAACUUUAUCAGCUUCGGGAAGAGAGGGACAUGAAGCCCGAGACAUUUGCUAGCCUUGUUUCAGCCCUUCUCUACGAGAAAAGAUUUGGCCCAUACUUUUGCCAACCUGUAAUUGCUGGACUGGGAGAUGGAGACAAGCCCUUCAUUUGCACGAUGGAUUCUAUUGGAGCGAAGGAGCUUGCUAAAGAUUUUGUUGUGGCGGGCACUGCCUCAGAAUCUCUUUAUGGUGCCUGCGAGUCAAUGUUCAAGCCUGACAUGGAAGCUGAGGAAUUGUUCGAAACUGUCUCUCAAGCUUUGUUAUCAUCAGUAGACAGGGACUGUCUAAGUGGUUGGGGAGGACAUGUCUAUGUUGUAACACCGACUGAAAUCAGAGAACGAAUUCUGAAGGGGAGAAUGGACUGAUCUUUCUCUGGAGUUGGAAGCUGAUCAUUCAUAAUGUUCCUCAACCACCUGUAGCUUCUCCAUCAUCCUUUUUUUAUUUUUGUUUUGUUCCAGAAAAGUGAAUUAAUUAGGGACUGCUCCUUUUGUCUGUUUUGGAUUAUUUUGUGCCGAACUAUUGAGAAUUGUGUCUGCAAUGUGAUUGAAAUCUGGAUGCAGAGAUCACAUUCCCUCAUCGCUAUGGAUGGAUAUCAGUUAAUGGGAAUUAAAACUGCCAUAUGAGGCGAACUAGUUCAUCAGCUACACUUAGUUUGAAUGGCUAUUCUUUUUUCCUCUA